AUGAAUGGACCGACGGUGAGGCGAGUGGAAGAGCAUCAUCUUUCAUACUCGUGGAUUUUAUAUAUUGAUAGUUGGACAUUGAUAUCAAUGCCAAUCAAAACAUCAGGUCGGCCCGGUCACGGAAACCUCCAGCCUUGGCUUUCAGGAUCAUCACCGAACAUUAAGAGACCAUUCUGCAGCUGCGUUGAUGGUGGAAAGUUGAUGACUGGAAACAGUCGGGGAAAACUCGACCCGCUCCAGGUUCAACCUGCAUUGUCAAUUUUCAAGAUGAUUGAUUUCCAAUCUAUAUGGACGGGACUCUCUUUCCAAUCUAUAGGAGGUCUAGUCUGCAUGCAAUCAAAUCUGAGCAUGUGUGGAUGGAUACUCUACGAUCCUCGACACUUUACUGAUUGGACGUGGAUGAACCCUCAUUCCGAUAAAUGA